CCAAAUGGGGAUAAUUGCACUAAACCCCCGGCCCAUGUUUCCUUAGGGGGUUAUCCACCAUGAAUCCCAGCAGCUCAGUUCUUAUCGCAUCGCUCUCUACGGCUUACUGAUACUCCACCAGCCCGGGUGCCCUGAAGGUGCAGAUGAGAGGCUUAUCUCUGUAUUAUACCCGCCACUUACAAGGAUAGACGAUAACGUCGUCUCUGAAAAUGCUGCGGAGAAACAAGAGGAUCAAUCUGAUCCAAAUAUCAAUAGUUGUCACUCAUUUAUUAGGUGGCUGAGAGACCACCUUACGAAAUGUCUCGCCUUGCUUGAUCUAUUCGCAUUCAGGAUAUCAUUCCCUCGCUGGAUAGGUUUUCGACGGCGACGAGGGCAGUUGGGUAGAUUGAACACGACGAACACAGAUUUGGUAGGAUAAGGGUGCUUACACAUACCAUCCCGGGCCCAACAAUUCAGCAAUAUGUCUAACAACACUUACCAUCCCGAAGAGCUCCCGCAUGAGAAAUCUGAUCUCACCAGUGGAAAUGUGCCCGUUGAAGGAGAUCGUGAGAUGGGAUUCACGGGUCCAGGUCUCCCCGACGAUGUCUUCGGGGAGGAAGAGAAUCAUGACAUCAAAUAUAAAACGAUGACCUGGCCAUUCGCGGCCGUUCUAAUGAUCACGGAAAUCGUAUCAAACGGCAUGCUUAGUUUACCGAGUUCCCUCGACGCGGUUGGUAUGGUCCCCGGAGUCAUCGUUACCGCGUUCCUAGGUGUUUUUGCCACAUUCACGGCUUGGCUGCUCAUACAAUUCAAGCUGCGACACCCGGAAGUGCAUAAUAUGGGCGAUGCGGGAUAUAUCUUGUUCGGGCCCAUCGGCCGAGAAAUAUUAGGCGGAGGAACCAUAAUCUUCGCGGUCUGUGCUACAGGGUCACAGAUCCUUGCCGGUCAACUCGCACUCACUGUCCUGUCGGAAGGAAAGCUCUGUGCAGUUGCGUUUUCGGGCAUAUUCUCUGCUGCCGUCGCAAUUUGCAGUUUUCCUCGCACGCUUGACCAUCUCAGCUAUCUCUGCAUUGUUGGAGGUGCUUCGAUCAUAAUCGCAGGAAUCGUGGCUAUGGCUGGCGCAGGAGCUGUCCCCGUCAACCUGGGAGACAUAGUGAUUACGAGAGCCAGUGAUUUUACGACAGCCUUUAUCAGCAUCACGAACCCCGUGUUCGCUUAUGCCGGUCAUUUCAUGUUCUUCAUACUUAUAUCGGAGAUGAAGCAUCCGCAAGACGCGAUGAAAGCUGCCUGGACCCUUCAAAUCGUGGCGACCACUCUUUACAUCACUCUUGCCAUCGUAACUUAUUGGUAUAUUGGUCAAGGGGUCUCAAGUCCGAGCUUUCUUAGCUUAAAUCCGUUGUGGUCCAAGAUCUCGUUCGGACUUGCCAUACCCAACUUCUUCAUCGCGGCUAGUUUGAACAUUCAUACCGCGGCUAAGCUCGUCUUCGUGCGUCUGUUUAGACGUAGUCGCCACAUUCACUCGCAUACGUUCGUCGGCUGGGGCGUUUGGACUUUCCUUAUUCUUCUAGCUAAUGUCGCGGCGUUCCUCUUCGCAGUCGGGAUCCCCAUUUUUAACUAUUUGGUUGGUAUCGCGGGUUCGAUGUUCGCUGCUUGGUGUAAGUAGCAUCUCGGUCGAGUCUACCCCUUUCCACACAUCCGGGCUGAUCUCAGGGCCUGCAAUAUCCCAAUCGAUCUCGCACAUGGGCUUUUCCUCUA